AUGGCGGAUUCUGCUGCAGAAAACAUGCCCUUCCUGCAUGACACCGACAUUGAAGCUGACCUCAACGAGGGCAACUUGUCCAAUAACCCAUCGCGUCUUGACCGCUUUCGCCGGCGCCUCAGAAAGCUAUUAGAAUCCCACUGGGCGCACAUUCUCGUAUUCGCGCUCGUUCUGAUAGAUCUCACCUGUGUAUUAACAGAAAUCAUUGUUACCUUCCUCGAGACACCCGAAUGCGACGAACAGGGUAAACCACAUGUGGGUGGAGGAGAGCCAGUUUGGUUGGAAACCCUCACAGCCAUCAGCCUGACCAUCCUUUGGGUGUUUGUGGCCGAGCAUCUCCUCCGACUGUUUGCUUUUGGGAUUUGUUACUAUAUUAGAAAACCUUUGCAUUUAUUUGACUUUCUCGUUGUUGUGGGAUCACUUGUUGCCGAAAUGGUUUUGAAGGGGAAGGCACGAGAGGUGGCUGGGCUCCUUAUUGUCCUCAGGUGCUGGCGCCUUGUGAGGAUCAUAGAUGGGGUUGCCGAGGCGGUGAGCUCGAAGAAGGACGAACAAAUUGCGGAUCUGAGGGAAGAGGUGAAACGCCUAAAGAAUGAGGCCGCUCAGCUACGGCAGCGUCUCGGAAGGCUCAAUGGGGACGGGUCUCAGAACACACUAGAUGGGCACGCAGACACAAGCGGGGAGUAG